GUUUAAGUCCCUUGCUCAAGUCACAAGUGUAAUACAGCAGGAGUUGGGAUUCGAAUCUAAAUCCUUCUAGUUGAAGCCGUCAGUUCUAACUAGUUUUACACUCACCUGAUGCCCUAGCUAUGUACAGUAUUUGACCCAUGUACGACUUGGUAUCUUUACUCGAGUAUCUCACACCUUUAAAUACCUUGCUCAAGCUAAGCCAGGGCUCUACAACAGCGUGGAACUGAACCCAGAAAUCAUCGGCUGACAUCCAUUUCUUUUAGUUUCGAUCCAUGAUAUUCCCUUUUCCUCGUGAAAUCAAGGCAAAAUAGCCCCAGUGAAUAGGCAAAAUAAGAAUAAAAUAAGACGACAAACGCGCCAAGGAGCGCCGCACACAUAGCGGACAGCUGUCUGUCUGGGAUCUUUCGUUUGCCGGAGGACUGUCGCGGGAGCUGAGCGGCGCAGAGCACGUGCGCGUGUCAGGUGAUUCUAUGAGGAAGCUUCACCGAGGGAGCGCUCGUGCCGGAAUCUCGGGACAACGCAAGCGCCUAACUGUGCGGUAAUUUAUACGACACACGUAUGCUUGACUUUUAUUUAUUUAAGUUCGGCUAUAAAGAAAACGAAGUGGCCCAUGUGCCUGAAAUAAGAGGCAGAAGGAUGCAGGCUGGGAGCGUGAGCAGCUCGUGCCGAAAUUACACGAGCCGAGGGGCUGGGACGUGGCGCUGAGCUGAGGACGAGGUCGCCCGAUGAUGACCGCGCGGGGCCAGAACACCACUACCUUCAUGGUCCCAGGAGCAUCUGCUGAUGCACUGAUCACAGAGCUGAAACCUAUCCGCCCACCCCCGCUGGAUGGACGUGCAGGGUGUGAGACCUGGAGUGUCCAGUUUUCUCCAGACGGCGAGUACUUUGCCUGGUCCCUGGGACACGGCAUUGUGAAGCUCCUCGUCUGGCCACUGCAAGAUGUCGAACAGAACACACCUUCAGUGCUGAGCACCACUGCAAGGAAAAGGGAGAGGAUGCUGGAUUGUGGGCACACCGUGUGGAGUUUAGCUUUUGGCCCCUGCACUUCGAAAGCUGCACGGCAGGCCAAAGUCACACGGGAAUCUUGUGAUCAAAGUGCAGCAACUCUGCUCCUUGCUACUGGCCUUAAGAACGGGGAUAUUAAAGUAUGGGAAGUGGCAACAGGCCACCUGCUUUUUAACCUGUCAGGCCACCAGGGUGUCGUCCGGGACAUGGUCUUUACCCCGAAUGGACGCCUCACACUCGUGUCUGGUUCCCGUGAUAAGACCUUAAGGAUAUGGGAUUUGACAACAGCAGGUAAGAACGUCCAUGUCCUCAGCGGCCACACAAGUUGGGUGUACAGCUGUUGUGUUUCACCGGACUGCAGCAUGAUUGCCUCUGUUUGCAGGGGCAACCCUAGGGUGUACUUAUGGAGUCUGCGCUCACACACGUUCAUGAGGAACCUGCAGGGAUUCUCGAUGUUCUUAGUGUCAUGUGACUUCUCACCCGAUGGUGCACUGUUGGCCACGGCGGCCUUCGCCACAGUGUGGGAGAUUGCCAUCUUUGAUCCCUAUUCAGGAGACUGUCUUGUCACGCUGCGGGACUGUUCAUACUGCGAUCAUGAGAUGAUGAAUACGCCAAUUAGAGCUGUGUGCUUCUCCACCGAGGGCUUACAUCUUGCAUUUGUUACAGAAGACAGAGCAAUACGGAUUUGGGAACUAGGACAAGAACGUCCCGUGAUGGAAACUGAUGUCCUUCACUUCUCCAAUGGCCUGUGCUGCACAUUCCAUCCGCAAGGGGGCGUUGUUGCAACAGGGACAAGAGAUGGUCAUGUGAAGUUCUGGAGGACACCGCUGCUGGUGCCUAGCCUGAGCCACCUGAGCCGCAUGUCUCUGCGUUACAACAUCUCUACGCAGCAGGUGAUGGCACUACCCAUUCCCAACAAGAUAAAGAACUUCCUUACCUAUAGAAACCUACAGGGUGCUCAAGAAGCACGCUGUGGUGUACACAGUACAUGCGACUGACCCAGGGACUGCCAGCCACAGG